AUGCAUCCAGCACUCACAGCCCUCUUCAUGCUGCUCUUUAUCCUGCUGUGUGUCCUGGGAAUGGCCAAUGCUUUCAUUGUGUGGGUGCUGAGCAGAGAGUGGGUGCGACGGGGGAGGCUGCUCCCCUCCGACAUGAUCCUUAUUAGCUUGGGUGCCUCCCACUUCUGCCUGCAGUCGGUUGGAAUGGGGAACAACUUCUACUACUUCCUCCACCUGGUCGAGUACCGUCGGGGUCCUGCCUGGCAGUUAUUUGGUCUAUUCUGGGACUUUCUGAACUCAGCCACCUUCUGGUUUGGCUCCUGGCUCAGCGUCCUCUUCUGCAUGAAGGUUGCUAACUUCACCCACCCCACCUUCCUCUGGCUGAAGUGGAGGUUCCCAGGGGUAGUGCCCUUGCUUCUGCUGGGAUCUCUCCUCGUUGCCUUCAUUGUCACCCUGCUGUUCUUUUGGGGGAACCAUGCUCUGUAUCGAGGAUUCUUUAUUGAAACAUUUUCUGGGAAUAUGGCCUACAAGGAGUGGAGCAGGAGGCUGGAAAUGCACUAUUUCCUGCCCCUGAAGCUAGUCACCCUUUCAAUUCCUUGCUCUAGUUUUCUGGUCUCAAUUGCGCUGUUGGUAAGUUCUCUGAGGAGACACACGAGGAGGAUGCAGCACAGUGCACACAGCCUGCAGGACCCCAGCGCCCAGGCUCACACCGCAGCUCUGAAGUCACUCAUCUCCUUCCUCGUUCUUUACCUUCUGUCCUUCCUGUCCCUGGUUAUUGACGCUGUAGUGUUUUUCUCCUCGGAGAGUGAAUGGUACUGGCCAUGGCAAAUUGUAACCUACUUGUGCACAUCUGUCCAUCCCUUUAUCCUCAUCUUCAGCAACCUUAGGCUUCGAGGGGUGUUCAGGCAGCUAAUUCUGUUGGCCAGGGGCUUCUGGGUGGCCUAG